GAGUGCAGAUGAGUGUGUAAAUACUGUGUACACUAAGAUUUACAGUGUUGCUUUGUGCUUCUGAAUGUGUUCAUCUGACUGUGUGUGUGCAGACCUAUCAGCUGCUCUUUAAUGUUAGGAUGCAGUGAAUGACGUGUGUCUUUGUGCAAUUAUUGGUGUCUCUCCAGUCAGCUUAGAAUUACCCUGACCCAACCUGUGUGUUUGUGUGUGUGUGAGUGUGUGUGUGUGUUUUAAAGAUAGAGAGAGAAGGAGUGAGUAUGCAGAUAUGCCAACUUCAUUAACUAUUAGGAAGAAGUGAGGGCUAAUUCUAAACUAUUAUUUGACCCACGAUGUGUGUGUAAGUGCAGAUGAGUGUGUGUGUGUGUGAGAGAGAGAAAGACAAAGACAAAGAGAAAGAGAGAGUAUGCAGACAUGCUAACCUUACUUACUAUACAUUUUUACAUUUUACGAAUGCAGAUAUGUACAAGGGUGGAGAAUUGUUUGUGCGCGCGUGUGUGUGUGAGUUUGUGUGUGUUAAAAAGAGUGAAGUAUUAUGUGUAAUGGAGUAUGCAGACAUGCUAACCUUACUAACUAUUAGGAAGAAAUGUUUGCUAAGUCUAUUAUUUCGUCUCCUUAUGUAACCAGGCCACAGACACACAGACCAGUGUCUCCAGUGCCCAGCUGUGUGUCUAUGAAGAGUGACUGGUCUAUGCCUGACGGUCCUAAUUUCAGCAGUGGACCACCACAGUCUGAGCCAAAGCCACAGACACACAGACCAGUGUCUCCAGUGCCCAGCUGUGUGUCUAUGAAGAGUGACUGGUCUAUGCCUGACGGUCCUAAUUUCAGCAGUGGACCACCACAGUCUGAGCCAAAACCACAGACACACAGACCAGUGUCUCCAGUGCCCAGCUGUGUGUCUAUGAAGAGUAACCGGUCGAUGCCCGACGGUCCCAAUUUCAGCAGUGGACCACCACAGUCUGAGCCAAAUGUUCUGAGGAAUGUUCUGACCCAGGAUCAGUCCGGGUGUGGAGUAUGUGAGCAGCUACUGAGGGACCCAGUCAUCACCACCUGUGGACACCGUUUCUGCAGGCAGUGCAUCAGCAGCUACUGGAGCCAAUCUGGUCCAUCAGGAGACAACAGCUGUCCCCAGUGCAGAAAGAGAUUCAGAGCACAACCCUUUCUAAACCCUGACAUAACCAUGGCACAACCUCUGUUAUACCCACAUACAACCAUGACACAACCUCCUGUAUAUCCCCAAACAGCCAUGGCACAAUCUUCUAUCUACCAACACAGAGAAAUGAUGGCACAGCUUCAUCUAAAGCCAUCUACAACCAUGGCACAAGUUCCUCCAUAUCCACCCUCAGACUCGGGGCAAAACCCUCUAUACCCACACUUACAUAUGGCACAGAUUUCUCCACAACCUCCUUUGGAUGAGUCCAUAGUCAUGGAAGAAAGCAAACAUCUCCAAACUGAGCAUGCGCCUGUACAACGGACCAAAAUAACAGGUCUGGCCAGAGUGGAUGGUGGGGUUCAAUUGGACAUCCCUGCUGACUCUGGAGGGCCAAAACAAGGAGGGGGUAAGGACCCAAUGUCGGUGAUUUCACAUUUGGAUCCAGCGCAUGUUGUUGUAAUUAUGAUAUUUCUAAGUAGGUGAGACUUUGGGAUUCAUAAGAGCUGAACAGGAAAAAGAAGAGAGGUUUUAUUUGAAGUUUAAGUGCAAAAGACGUUAGAGAAGAGUUGGGUCUUCAGCUGCUUUGGG